AACUCUCUCUCUCUCUCUCUCUCUCUCUCUCUCUCUCUCUCUCUCUCUCUCUCUCUCUCUAGUUGCCAUGUCCGUUCACCUCAAACUCUCUCGCUUCAAUCGUAUCUAUCGUCCUUCCGAACUUCUAGAAGGAAAAAUAAUUCUAAAAACACAAUCUUCAAUUUCUCACUAUGGAAUUCGUCUUACUAUCAAAGGAUCCGUCAACUUGCAGGUUCGUGGAGGAUCAGCUGGGGUUGUUGAGUCAUUCUAUGGCGUUAUUAAGCCUAUUCCAAUUGUGAAAAGGACCGUCGAGGUUAAAUCUUCCGGAAAGAUUGGUUCGGGUACAACAGAGAUACCAUUUUCAUUGAAUCUUAAACAAGAUGAGAAUUUAGAAAGAUUUUAUGAGACUUUCCAUGGAGCAGAUAUUAGUAUCCAGUAUUUGUUGACUGUAGAUAUAUCUCGCGGAUACUUGCAUAAAUCAUUAUCAGCAACGACGGAGUUCAUUAUCGAAAGUGAUAAAGGUGAUCUUCUACAAAGACCGAUUUCUCCCGAGAUGGUUAUCUUUUACAUUACGCAGGACACUCAAAGACAUCCUCUUCUUCCCGAAUUAAAAUCUGGUGGUUUUCGAGUGAGUGGAAAAAUCUGCACUCAGUGUUCUUUGUCUAGUCCUAUUAAUGGUGAAUUAACUGUCGAAGCAUCAGCGAUUCCAAUUCAGUCUAUUGACAUUCAGUUAUAUCGCGUUGAAUCCAUUCUUCACGGAGAGAAAAUUGUGACUGAGACCUCUUUGAUUCUAACAACUCAGAUAGCAGAUGGAGACGUGUGCCGUAAUUUGACUCUGCCUAUCUAUGUAAUACUUCCUCGUCUUUUGACCUGUCCAACAAUCUUUGCCGGUCCCUUUUCAAUUGAGUUCAAAGUUGCAAUUGUUAUAAGCUUUCAGUCAGAGCUAUCAAAAUUGCAUAAGAAGUCCGACUCGAGAACUCCGAGACUCUGGCUGGCAACGGAAACAUUACCGCUCGAGUUGGUUCGGGCAAUGUAAGAUAUGAUGUUAGGUUUCUCAGAAUACAACUUGACUUGAAUUUGUGGAUAUAAUUAUGAGUUACUAAUGUAACAUUUCAUUUAGUUUUGAUUGUAUUUUUGGCUAUAUGGCUUUUCAGUUUCAUGAAAUGUAAUUCAAUAUUACUUGUGCAACUUUUUCAAGAUGAACUACAGAAACAUUGAAAGCAUUCUCAUUCUCUAUACCUGUGCAACAUUUAAUAUAUUGUAACAGGAGACCAUAACAACUGGUUGUGACAGUCAAGUGAAUUUGUUCGCAUAA